AUGCCCGGUCCGAGAGCUUCGCUGCCGAGCCUCAGCGCCGUCGACAAUGUGUGCUGGCGGUGUUGCAGCAGCAGCAGCAGCAGCAGCCGGCCGGUGCCCGGGCAGAGAUUGACAAGACUCGCAAUCGGAAACCAGGCGCAGCCCCUGUCGACCUCGCCCGCCCGUCCGCUCCGUUUCCUCGCCACCACACCCGUUAGAACAGCAGCAGGUCAGUCGCCGAGGCCGAAGGGAGCAUACUUUCUAUCAAAUGUGCUGCUGGAAAGAUUCGGUGGCUUCCAGUUCAGCCCUCGAUCUCGAGCCGUAGCCGGCAUAUCUGGGUCAAACAUAUCAAAUACAAAGAGAAAUGCCACCGUCGCCGCCGACAUACCACCAUCGACGUCAACAGUACGCCCGCCAGUCGACGAAGAGCUCCCUCCCCACCGUCGACGACAAGCGGCGCGUCGCACUGCCGAGCAGGCGGCUUCUGAUCCCUCAAAUGCACCCUCUGGGGCUGCACAAACCACCCCAGUGACGCCACCGCCUGCACCAUCAGGCGAGAUUCCUCCCGAUGCAUCCAGCAUCCUCUCCAACGCAGCGGCUGCUCAGCCCGCUCAGUCCCUCCGCCGCCGUCUGACGACACUUCUUGCGCUGUCAAAACCCCGACUUACGAUGCUCGUUGUGCUCUCCGCGAUGGCCCCUUACGCCCUCUACCCAGUGCCAGACUUCCUAACACCCGGAGUAUCGGCACCAUCACUCUCACCCCUGACCCUCCUCUUCCUGACGACCGGAACAACCCUCUGCUCCGCUGCGGCCAACGCGCUCAACAUGAUAUACGAGCCCAAGACGGACGCCCUGAUGAGCAGGACGAGGACGAGGCCGCUGGUCAGGAACCUGGUCAGCACGCGCGCCGCCGUCUGCUUCGCCCUCUUCUGCGCGACGACGGGCAUCCUCGCCCUGCACCUGGGCGUCAACCCGACCGUCGCAUUCCUCGGCGCCGCCAACAUCGUCCUCUACGCGGGCAUCUACACCCCGCUGAAGCGCGUCUCGGCCGUCAACACGUGGGUCGGCGCCGUGGUGGGCGGCAUCCCGCCGCUGAUGGGCUGGGCGGCCGCGGCGGGCGAGUCGGCCGUGGGCGACGGCUCGUGGCGCGAGCUCCUCUUCGCCCCCGACGGCAGCAGCGCCGGCGGCUGGCUGUUCGCGGCCCUGCUCUUCGCCUGGCAGUUCCCGCACUUCAUGGCGCUGUCGUGGGGGGUCCGCGACGAGUACCGCGCCGCGGGCCUGCGCAUGCUCGCUUGGACGAACCCGGCCCGCAACGCCCGCGUCGCCCUCCGCUACGGCUUCGUCUUUGUGCCUCUGUGCGUCGGCCUCUGUGCCGUCGGCGUCACCGAGUGGUCCUUUGCCGUCACCUCGCUGCCCGUCAACCUCUGGCUCGUCCGCGAGAGCGUCCGCUUCUGGCGGGCCCAGGGCGCCGCCGGAUCUGCGCGCGGCCUCUUCUGGGCCAGCGUCUGGCACCUCCCCGUCGUCAUGGUCUUGGCCCUGCUGCAGAAAAAGGGCAUGUGGGGCCGCAUCUGGAGGAGCGUCUUUGGCGACGGCGACCCAGAUGAUGACCUUGCCAUCGACGACGACGGCUGGGAGUACUUGGACGAGAACGAGGAGCCUCCGGCUGUGACGACAAGGUCUUGA